GUCGCAGCCGACCGCGCCGCCGUCCUAGUGAACUACGGCGGUGAACCUGGAGUACAAAGUUGGGAGAGUGCCCCGAGCGCACAGGACGGCCGCAGGAGACCCAUGCAACUUAUAUCGGAGGGAAAGAUCGGCCACAGAGGGUGAUCGCCGGAUCCUACGAGCGAGCGCAGGAUCGUGUGGAUCGCUGGAAAUCUUCACCGGCACAGGAAAAGUUAACUCUUUCCUGUAAGCGGACAGCUGCAAGUUUUUUUUCCUGCUGUGCCAAGUAAAAGGGAGGAGCAGCUGUAAAAAGUAAGACUUCUCUCACAGGAAGGAAUCCGGGAUGUUGUGAGUGGAUCCCCCCCACUAGAUCGCUGGGAUCUCAGUGCCUCUGGGUGCUGUCGCCGAUCCUAGGAGGUGACUGCACAUUGUGCCGGAGACUCUUCCCAGGUUCCACCCCCUGGUCAGCCACUCCGCUCAGUUACAUGCCCACUGAUAUCUUUCUGUAAAGUACGAGAAAGUUUAAAGAAAGUCCCUGGAAUCUGAAAAAUGGCCAAUGUCGGGGCACAGAUGGACAGAUCUGAUGGAGAACAGAACAAUGAGUUCAGCGAUAUCAUCAAGUGCCGAUCUGAUGAACAUAAUGAUGUACAAAAGAAAACCUUCACAAAAUGGAUAAAUGCCCGUUUCUCAAAGAGUGGAAACGCACCGAUCAAAGACCUGUUUGUAGAUCUAAAAGAUGGAAGAAAACUGCUGGAUUUACUAGAAGGACUCACUGGGACUUCUCUGCCAAAGGAGCGUGGAUCGACAAGAGUUCACGCUCUGAACAAUGUCAACAGAGUGCUGCAAAUUUUACAUCAGAACAAUGUGGAGUUGGUGAACAUUGGUGGUACAGACAUUGUUGACGGAAACCAUAAGCUCACCCUUGGUUUAAUAUGGAGCAUCAUUCUCCACUGGCAGGUGAAAGAUGUCAUGAAGGCCAUUAUGUCAGACCUACAACAGACAAACAGUGAGAAGAUUCUUCUGAGCUGGAUCAGGCAAUCAACAAGACCCUAUAAUCAAGAUGUCAACGUGUUAAAUUUCACCACCAGUUGGACAGAUGGCCUCGCAUUCAAUGCUCUGUUGCAUCGGCACAAACCAAAUCUGUUCAAAUGGGAAGACGUCACCAAACUCUCCCAACUUGGAAGGCUCGAGCAUGCGUUCACCACUGCCAAAAAACACUUGGGAAUUGAAAAGCUUCUCGACCCAGAAGAUGUGGCCGUCCCCUUGCCUGACAAGAAGUCUAUACUUAUGUACCUAACAUCACUAUUUGAAGUGCUUCCUCAUGAAGUUACAAUGGAUGACAUUCGAGAAGUGGAGACUCUUCCUAGAAGAUACAAGGGACAGUGUGAAGAUAUAGCUUUCACUAAGCAUCAGGCCUCUGAUGAACCAUGUGGAGACUCCGGCCUAGAGACACCUAGUACAGUAACUGAAGUAGAGAUGGAUCUUGACAGCUAUCAGGUUGCCCUGGAAGAUGUCCUCACUUGGCUUCUCAUGGCAGAAGACACCUUUCAGGAGCAAGAUGAUAUAUCUGAUGACGUUGAAGAAGUCAAACAACAAUUUGCCACUCACGAGGCCUUUAUGAUGGAGCUCACGGCACACCAGAGCAGUGUGGGCAAUGUUCUACAGGCAGGCAACCAACUGAUUGCUCAGGGUGACCUCUCGAUCGAUGAAGAAAAUGAGAUACAAGAGCAGAUGACCUUGCUGAACUCUCGCUGGGAAGAUCUUCGUCUAGAAAGCAUGCAGAGACAGUCCAGGCUGCAUGAAGUGUUGAUGGAUUUGCAGAGGAAACAACUGGACCAGUUGUCUGACUGGCUGACUGUCACGGAAGAGCGCAUUCGCAAAAUGGAGUUAAAGUCCCACGGCGAAGAUUUUGAGGCCUUUAGAAAACAGAUUGAAGAACACAAAAAAUUGCAGAAUGACCUGGAGGCAGAACAAGUUAAAGUUAACUCUUUAACCCACAUGGUGGUGAUUGUGGAUGAGAACAGUGGGGAUGGAGCCACGGCUGCACUAGAAGCACAGCUGCAGAGACUGGGAGAAAGAUGGGCAGCCGUGUGCCGCUGGACGGAGGAGCACUGGAGCAAGCUGCAGGGAAUCCUCAUCCCCUGGCAGAAACUGUUAGAGGAGCAGUGCUUGUUCAAGGUGUGGCUAAGUGAGAAGGAAGAGUCUCUGAGCACAGUCCAGCGGAGUAACUUCAAAGACCAGGCCGAGCUGAGCGUGAACGUGAGGAAGCUGGCGAGUUUAAAAGAAGAACUAGGAAUGAAGCGACAGACAUUCGACCAUUUGCAUGAGUUGGCCCAGGAGGUGGUUCUUCUUAUCGGCAAUUGUAAAGCAUCUCAAAAACUGAAGAGCGAUAUGGAAGAGCUUGCUCAGAGGUGGGAUGGAUUGGUGCAUCUUUUGGAGGACUACACAAAUCAGGUCACAGAGUCCGUCAGCAGUUUUGGCGUGACGCAGAUUACCAGGAAGGUUGUUACGGAGACUGUGACUGUGAAAGAGCACAGUACUGUUCAUGUAAUCAAACAAGAGCUCCCUCCUCCACCUCCUCCCAAGAAACGCCAAAUCUACCUUGAUGUCGAAGAGAAGAAAAAGUUCGACAGAGAAUCUGCUGAGCUGUUGAAUUGGAUGAUUAAAUCCAGGGCGCUGAUUCUGUCGGCAGAGAUCAGUAACUAUAGAAAGAUUAGAGAGACCUCAGACAUAAAAGACAUGCUAAAGAUUCUAGAGAAAGAAAGAGCUGACAGAACUCCCCAGUAUAAGGAACUCGUUGCUACUGGACAAUAUUUCUUGGAGCUGUGCAAGCAAGAAGAUCUACCAGAAGAGGACUUGAAAGGCUCAUUGGACAGGUUAACGUCUGAAUGGAGCAACAUAGACAGCCAAAUACAAGAACUUAAUAAGGGGGUCUUGUACCAGGACUCUAUUACUGCCUAUUUCAAAGACUUAGAUAUUCUGGAAGAAAAGCUAAGACAGGAGGAAGAAUGGUUACAUACUCAGCCAUUACCAUCUCAGGAGCUUCCACUACAAUCACUAAAGGAGGCGAGACAGCUACGGCUUGACAGAUUCCGAGACCUCUACUUAGAAGUGGACGAUUUGAGAUCAAAAGCAUUUUCACUCGGUUCCCAGCCAGCCUCCCCUACUUUUCUUGAAGGUAGCCUUAACAGUAUCACUGGCCACUAUGAUCGAGUGAAGGGUCAAAUGGAAAGAGAAGUUGAACAGUUUCAAAAAGCUCUGGAACACCAACCCAGCCAACAGUACGUAGACACCCGGAAAGCUUUAAAAGAAAUCUUAAUGGAUUGUCAACACAAAUUACAGUCACAAUUGACAGGCCUCUGUGAUCCCAUAAAUGUAGAUGUGGCUCUACAACAGGCUAAGACUCUUACACAGACAUUAGAAAGCCAAAAACCAUGUAUUGACAAGCUGUAUGCCGAAACCAGGUUACUUGAGAAGCGAGCCCCGGAAGACAAAACGGUAGUCUACAUGAAUGAGUGUAGAGACAUAGAAGAGCAAUGGAGCAAGCUGAAAAGCCUCUGUGCUGACCACAUCUACAUUCUAGAAGACAUUUCCUCCAAACUAAAAGCAUUUGAGACCGAGUCCAAAUCUGUACAGAAAUGGAUCGGUGAGGCAAAGGAUUUUGUUCUGAACCAACACACAGCCUCAGAGGAUUCAGAAGGGCUACAGAGGCAGCUGGACCAGUGCAUGGCUCUCGUGAACGAAAUGGAAGCUGUGGAAGGAUGUUUAAGCAAGUUAAACGAAGCAGAAUCGGGACUCAAGAACCACUCAGAUACCAUGAUCUAUACGUGGGUAGUGCCGAGACUCGCUGACCAGCAGGCACAGUGGGAGAGGCUAAGUAAACAGGUAAUUCAUCAGAUGAACAGGCUGUCUGAAAGUCAAGAGAAGGCUGUAAAUUUGAAGAAAGACUUGGCAGAAAUGCAAGAAUGGAUGACACAAGCCGAAGAGGAAUAUUUGGAAAAGGAUUUUGAGUACAAGUCUCCAGAAGAGCUUGAGAGUGCAGUGGAAGAAAUGAAAAGAGCCAAGGAGGAUGUGUUGCAGAAAGAAGUGCGAGUUAAGAUCUUGAAAGAUAACAUUAUGGCUAUGGCUGCCAAGAAACCAGCUGGUGGCCAGGAUUUGACAUUGGAGCUAAAAGAUGUUCUGGACAAUUAUCAACUUCUAUGCAAUAGAAUCCGAGGGAAGUGCCACACGUUAGAGGAAGUGUGGUCCUGCUGGAUAGAGCUUCUUCAUUUCCUCAAUCUGGAGACAGCAUGGUUAAAUACAUUGGAAGAACGGAUACAGAACACUGCAGUCCUCCCUGAUAAAGUGGAAACUGUUAAUGAAGAAUUGGAGACAUUAGAGUCAAUCCUACGACAUCCAGCAGAUAACAGAACUCAGAUCCGUGAGCUUGGUCAAACCUUGAUUGACGGAGGGAUAUUAGAUGACAUCAUCAGUGACAAGCUGGAGGUGUUUAAUGCCCAAUAUGAGGCGCUAAGUCAUUUAGCAGUGAACCGGCAAAUUUUGUUGGAGCGGCACCUGCAGACACUGCGCGAGAGUGAUCAUAUGUUGCAAGCGCUGCAGGAAUCCCUAGAAGAGCUGGACAAACAGCUAACCACAUACCUGACCGAUAGGGUGGAUGCCGUGCGAUUACCUCAGGAGGCUCAGAAAAUCCAAGCUGAUAUCAAUAGCCAUGAAGCAGCACUGGAAGAACUCAAGAAAACUGCCCGUCCAGCGUUACAGACGGCUCCGGAGGUCAAAUCCUCUCGAGGAGGAUCCCAACUGGAUAUCCUACAGAGGAAGCUGCGCGAGGUCAAUACAAAGUUCCAGUUGUUCCAGAAACCGGCCAACUUUGAACAGAGGAUGUUGGAUUGCAAGCGUGUCUUAGAUGGGGUGAAAGCCGAGCUUAGCGUUCUCAGUGUUAAGGAUACCGAUCCAGAUGUCAUACAGAAGCACUUGGAUGGGUGCAUGAAAUUGUACAAGACUCUGAGUGAAGUGAAGUUGGAAGUUGAGACGGUGAUAAAGACAGGAAGACAAAUUGUUCAGAAGCAACAGACUGAUAAUCCAAAACUAAUGGAUGAACAACUAACAGCCUUGAAGCUUCUCUAUAAUGAUCUUGGAGCCCAGGUAACAGAAGGGAAACAAGACUUGGAACGUGCUAUUAUAUUAUCUGUGAAGCUGAGGAAAGAAUCGGCCUCCUUGUCUGAAUGGCUUACUGCUACUGAGUCCGAACUCAUUCUGAAAUCCACUACUGACAAUGUUUGUGCUGAUCUGGAUGUUGAAAUUGCCUGGGCCAAAAAUGUGCUGAAGGAGCUGGAGAGGCGGAAAGCUGAAUUGAACAGCGUGACUGAGAGCAGCGCAGCUCUGCAGUGCUUGGUGGAGGGAAGCGAGAACAUCCUGGAGGAGAAGCUUUGUGUCCUUAAUGCUGGCUGGAGCAGAGUCCGCACCUGGACUGAGGAUUGGUGCAAUACAUUACUGAAUCACCAGAGUCAGAUGGAGAUUUUCGAUGAGAAUGUCGCUCACAUAAGCACUUGGCUCUAUCAAGCGGAAACCCUUCUGGACGAGAUUGAGAAAAAGCCAGCUAACAAGAAAGAGGAAAUUGUGGAGCGUCUUUUGUCCGAAUUGGAUGAUGUCCGAAUCAGAGUAGAUAAUGUUUGUGACCAUGCAGGGAUGCUUAUGAGCAGUCGUGGUACAACUUGUCGGCAACUGGUGGAACCAAAAGUAGCUGAACUGAAUCGCAACUUUGAGAAAGUUUCUCAGCACAUAAAUGCUGCCAAGAUCCUUUUGGAUCAAGAUCCUGCAGCAGAAGUCACAGCUGAAGAAUCUGCUAAGACUGGACCCACUGCUGCAGAGCUGGAAGGCUUUGAAUCAGAGCUCCUCAGUGUCCAGAGGGUCCUGGAGAAGUAUUUACAAUCUCCUGCAGAAUGUCAGAAGAUUGAAGAGGAGACGGCUCAUAUUGAAGACAUUCUGUACAGAGGAGAACAGCUCCUUCAACAAGCAAUGGAAGACAUCCAGAGAGAGAAACUGCGGGUGGAACUUUUGCUUCUACAGACCAGAUACAACAGUGUCAAGGAACUUCAAUCAGUAAGGAGAAGACAAGAGGUCAGAUCGUCUCCAGUAUUUACAAAAAGUGUGGAGCAGGAAGAUCAUUUUUCUAACUGGAUGAGUGAGACAGAACAUCGUCUUUCUGGUCUCCUGGAGGCUGAUGAUGACAAGAAUCUUCAGGAGCUUCUUAAAGAAGUAGAGGAACAUAGACAAGAACUUGCAGUUCUCCAAAAGAAAUCCAGUGUUCUGCACCAUGGUUCACCAGAGGAGGUUAAUGGGGGCAAAAUGAAACAACGCUGGGAAGAGAUUGAAAAACAGUUUGCCAUGUAUCUAGGAACUCAAGAUCAGAGUUUAGACGAUACGGACUCUCAUCUGGAUCUGAGUGCUACCUUAACAGGAUUCACUCCGUCCUUCCUUCCUUCGGAUUACUUAGUCGAAAUAAACAAAGCCUUGCUGUCAAUUGCUGACACCGAGCUUCUGCUUACCGCACCCGAGCUAAACAGUGGGGAGUAUGAAAACUUUUCUGCCCAAGAAGAUUCACUAAAGAACAUAAAAGAUGCCCUUGAUAAACUAGGGGAACAGAUUGCAUCUAUACAUGAGAAGCAACCUGAUGUGAUAUUGGAAGCCUCAGGACCAGAAACCAUACAAAUAGGAGAAUCACUCACUCAGGUCAAUGCAGAAUGGGAUCGAAUCAACAGGCUGUUCAGUGAGCGUAAAAGUCAUUUCGACAGAGCGCAGGAAGAAUGGCGGCAGUUCCAUUCUGACCUCAGUGACCUCACCCAGUGGACAAAUGAAGCAGAGGGUUUGUUAGCCCAGGCCCACACUUCAGAAGGCAUUUUGGAUUUGGAAAAAGCACAUGUUCAUCAGCGGGAGCUGGAAGAAGGAAUCAGCUCUCACCAACUCAGCUUUACCAUUCUCAACCAGAGCGGGGAAGGGAUCAUACAGCAUCUAUCUGCCGCUGAUGGGCAAUUCCUUCAGGAGAAAUUGUCCAGUUUGAACAGACGCUGGAGUACAAUAAAAUUUGAGGUCAUGGACAGACAGCAAAGAUUAAAAGAAGAAAGUCCAGCGUUAACCGACUACAAGAGGAAACUGGAUGAGUUCACAAUUUGGCUGGAUCAGGCCACAAAUGUGCUGCGAGUGAGUUCAGCUCUUGAUAAUGAGGAGAGGCUUAAUGAAAUAAAGGCGUUAAGUAAAGACUUGGAAAUUCAGAGUAACAGAGCUGAGUGGCUGAACCGCACAGCCCCGGAUAUAUUGGCUAUGAAGAGACUCAAUGCCCAGGACAGAGAGAAACUUUCUUCUAGACUACGGACCAUAAAUAUUAACUGGGCUCAGGUCUCCAGAGAAGUGCCAGAGAAAAUAAAGGACUUGGAACAAGUUUUAUAUUAUCCUACCUAUGCAACCCAAACUGUCUUGCCCAUAACCUUUCCUGCAGUCCAAAAAAUGGUGCUAGUAUCCUCCGAGUAUCCCGGAAUGACCAAAAAUGUAAUGGAACUGCCGCCUGCCACUGAUCUGGAUAAGACCGUCACUGAGCUGUCUGACUGGCUGCUACUGAUUGAUCAGAUGCUCAAGUCCAACAUCGUUACUGUUGGCGAUCCUGACGAGAUAAAUACAACUAUAGCACGAAUGAAGAUAACUAAAGAAGAUAUGGAACAGCGCCACCCACAGCUUGAAUCUGUCUUUACAUUAACUCAGAAUGUGAAAAAUAAAACUUCCAGUCUUGAUGUUAGAACAUCGAUCACAGAAAAGUCGGAGAGGCUGAAGAAUCAUUGGGACAGUACUCUGCAUGGUGUCGAGAUGCGCCAAAAGCAGCUUCAAGAUAUGCUGGCCGACAGCAUCAAGUGGGAUGAGUUACGGAAGGAGAUACAAAGUGUCCUGGACCAGACUGACUUCCGACUCUACACGCUCACUCAGACAUCCAAAGACACGCUUGUCAGACAGAUUGCAGAGAACAAGGCAACAGUGCAAGACCUGCACAAAGGUGAGAUUGUCAUGGACACAUUCAAUGACCUCUCAAACAAACUCCUUCGUGAGCACAGUUCGGACGACACCAGGAACGUUAAGGAGGCCAGCGACGUCUUAUACAUGAACUGGGUGAACAUGAACAAGAGGGUUGGCGACCGGCAGAGCACACUGGAGAAGGAGCUAAAGAAUUUCCAGAUUUUGGUCAAAGAUCAUGAGAACUUCAUGAAGUGGAUCCAGGAAGCUGAGACCACUGUGAAUGUCCUCCUGGAUGCAUCACAACGUGAGGGCGUCCAGCAAGAUGUCAGUCGCUUACGACAGCUCAAAAUGCAGCUACAGGACAUUCAAGCAGAAAUUGAUGCCCAUAAUGACAUUUUCAAGAGCAUUGAUGGGAACAGGCAAAAGAUGGUGAAAGCUUUGGGAACAUCAGAGGAAGCAGCAUUGCUUCAGCAUAGACUUGAUGAUAUGAAUCAACGCUGGUAUGAUUUGAAGUCGAAGUCAUCAAAUAUCCGAACACACUUGGAAGCAAGUGCUGAUAAAUGGAAUUAUUUGCUAAAAUCCUUGGAAGAACUCAUUUGUUGGUUAGAUGUCAGAGAUGAGGAGCUGAAGAAACAAAUGCCUGUGGGAGGAGAUGUCCCCACAGUACAACAGCAGUAUGAUUUUUGUAAGGUCCUGAAACGUGAAUUGAAGGAUAAAGAACAGACUGUACUGAAUACCAUAGAGCAAGCGCGGGUUUUCAUUUCUGAGCAGCCUAUUGAGGGCCCUGAAGAACCUAGAAGGAACUUACUUCCUAAAACAGAAUUAACCCCUGAAGAGAGAGCCCAAAAAAUUGCCAGAACCAUGAGGAAGCAGUCAGUCGAAGUUAAAGAGAAAUGGGAAAGCUUGAACUCGCAGGCAGUCAGCUGGCAGAAGCAAGUGGAGAAAGCCUUGGAAAAAUUGAGAGUUUUGCAAAGUGCAAUGGAUGAUCUUGAUACAGGAUUGGUAGCAGCAGAGAAAGUGCGCAGUGGCUGGAAACCGGUCGGAGAUUUACUAAUUGAUUCUUUGAAGGAACACAUUGAGAAGACAAGUGCGUUUGGAGAGGAAAUUGCACCCAUCAGCUCAAAGGUGAAGACAGUGAAUGAUGUGGCUAGUCAGCUCUCUGCUCUAGAUAUUCAGCCAUCUGCAAAAACAUCUCGCCAACUGGAUGAUCUGAACAUCAGGUGGAAGCUCCUACAGGCAGCAGUUGAAGAACGUCUCAAACAACUUCAAGAAGCACAUCGAGAUUUUGGCCCUACCUCCCAACACUUCUUGUCUACUUCAGUGCAGCUUCCAUGGCAACGAUCCGUUUCACUUAACAAAGUGCCCUACUACAUUAAUUCUUCCAGUGAAGAUUGCUGCAAACCUUUGAGUCCAAUGUUGCAUUCUAGGAACAGUCAUGAAACACAGACCACUUGCUGGGACCACCCAAAAAUGACCGAACUCUUCCAGUCACUCAGUGACCUGAACAAUGUGAGGUUUUCAGCCUACCGUACUGCGAUGAAGAUAAGGAGACUUCAGAAAACAUUGUGCUUGGAUCUUCUGGAACUGAGCACCACUCACAGUGUUUUCAAGCAGCAUGAACUGAAUCAAAAUCAACAACUAUUGUCUGUUCCUGAAAUCAUCAGCAUCCUCACCACCAUCUGUGAUGGCCUGGAAGAGAAAAACAAGGACCUGGUUAAUGUGCCUCUCUGCGUUGACAUGUGUCUGAACUGGCUUCUUAAUGUAUAUGACACGGGUCGGACUGGGAAAAUCCGAGUGCAGUCUCUGAAAAUUGGUCUUAUAUCCCUGUCUAAGGGUUUAUUAGAAGACAAAUACAAAUAUCUGUUCAAGGAGGUUUCUGGAGCAGCUGACACGUGUGACCAGAAGCAGCUAGGGUUACUCCUUCAUGAUGCUAUUCAGAUCCCUCGACAACUUGGGGAAGUGGCUGCUUUUGGUGGAAGUAACAUUGAGCCCAGUGUCCGUAGUUGCUUUCAGCAUGCACAGAAUAAGCCAGAAAUCAAUGUGAAACAGUUCAUUGAGUGGAUGCGUUUGGAACCUCAGUCAAUGGUGUGGAUGCCUGUUUUGCACAGAGUAGCAGCUGCUGAGACUGCUAAGCAUCAAGCCAAGUGUAAUAUCUGCAAAGAAUGUCCAAUUGUUGGCUUCAGGUAUCGGAGUCUGAAACAUUUCAACUACGAUGUCUGCCAGAGCUGUUUCUUUUCUGGAAGAACUGCAAAAGGUCACAAGAUCCAUCACCCAAUGGUGGAGUACUGCAUACCGACUACAUCAGGGGAAGAUGUCCGAGACUUCACUAAAGUGCUGAAAAAUAAGUUCCGUUCCAAGAAGUACUUUGACAAGCAUCCCAGAUUAGGCUACCUACCAGUGCAGACGGUGCUUGAAGGAGAUAACAUGGAGACCCCUAUUACUCUCAUCAGCAUGUGGCCUGACCAGUUUGAUCCUUUGCAGUCCCCUGAACUUUUUGAUGAUGACACACAUUCCAGGAUAGAGCAGUAUGCCAGCAGGCUGGCACAUAUGGAAAGGAAUAACGGUUCUCUAUUUACUGACAGCAGUUCCGCCACUGGAAGCAUUGAUGAUGAACAUGCCCUGAUCCAGCAGUACUGUCACACGUUGGGAGGAGAGUCACCCUUAGGUCAGCCACAGAGUCCAGCACAAAUCCUGAAGUCUGUAGAAAAGGAGGAAAGAGGAGAGCUGGAGAGGAUCAUUGCUGAUCUGGAGGAAGAGCAGAGGAAUUUAAAGAUUGAGUAUGAACAGCUAAAAGCACAGCAGAUGAGAAAAGGACUAAGCCCUCCAUCUUCACCCCCUGACUCGCUGGCAUCACUUCAACACACAUCCGAAGAUGCAGAACUCAUCGCGGAAGCAAAACUCCUACGACAGCACAAAGGACGACUUGAGGCCAGGAUGCAGAUUUUAGAAGACCAUAACAAGCAGUUGGAGUCCCAGCUUCACCGGUUACGCCAGUUGCUGGAGCAGCCGGAGUCCGAAUCCAGGGUUAAUGGAGUCUCUUUGUUGGUGUCGCAGCAGCCGCCAGCUCCGAGAUAUUCGGCUGACCAUCAUUACAGCUUCCAGCUUCAGCAGACAGAUGACGUGUUGUCUGCACCGCAGAACACCAGCACAGACUUAACAGAUGUGAUGGAGCAAAUAAACAGCACAUUUCCACUCAGCAGCUCGAGUGUUUCCGGAAGACAGCAGGCAAUGUGAAGGAACCAUCAAUGAAAAUGGCUGUUUUUUGUUUUUUCAACGCAGAAUCCCUUCUUACAGCAGCCAAUGAAAGCUUCUGUUCUUGAAGAAUUGCUUAGGACUGGAGAGCAUUCUGCGUGUUCUACUGAAGGCAUACGACACUGAAUACCCAAAGAUGAAGAUGUGUUUUUACAUCCUGUCUAUUCUCUCUUUAUCUUCUCUUUCUAUGCAAAUGUAAAUUACUGAUCUGUGGAGUAUUUGGUAUUUAGGUAUACAUUUGUAUAAAUGCGUAUAAACAAUAUUAAGAAAAGGCAAA